AACCGAACGCAAAACCCCUUCAGAAAACCCCUACUCGCGCUUCAGAAGGCUUUUUGGCUGGGAAGAUCCUCUUUGCACCAUCAAUGGCGACCAUCAUUUCGCGAAACGUGAAUCAUCUCCGCUACGUCAAUCGCUGUCUCAGCCAAUUCAGAAGAUUGCCGAUACGUUCUCCACCGCUCGCCGAUACGGCUCCUCUCCGAACACUUCCUAUUCUUCAAUCGGUCGUACCUCUAGGGUUCGGAAUUCAGUCUUUAGCAAUAUAUCAGAGAUGUCUGUUUGGUACUUCUACUGCCUCUGUUAAUCCGGAAAAUCAAGCACCAAACAGUUCUGGAGAGGCUAACUCUGGCAAUGGAAAACAUUCUGGAGGAUCACAUCAGAGUAAUGAAUCUGGAAAAUCUGUUCGAGGAGGGCCUGUUUCAUGGUUGAGUUUUCUUUUGCUCAUUGCUACGGGCGCAGGAUUGAUCUUCUACUACGACAAGCAAAAGAAACAACAUAUUGAAGAAAUUACUAGUGCUUCAGAGGCAGUAAAACAGGGACCAUCUGUGGGACAGGCAGCCAUUGGGGGCCCAUUUAAUCUUAUCAAUCAUGAUGGGAAGCAUGUUACUGAAAAGGACCUUUUAGGAAAAUGGACAUUGAUAUAUUUUGGCUUCACUCACUGCCCUGACAUCUGCCCAGAGGAGCUACAGAAGCUAGUUGCUGCAGUUGAUAAAAUAAAGGAAAAAGCAGGGAUUGAAAUUGUACCUGUUUUCAUCUCUGUUGAUCCCGAGAGGGACACUGUUGAGCAAGUAGGCGAAUAUGUCAAAGAGUUCCAUCCAAAGUUAAUUGGGCUAACUGGUACCCCGGACGAGAUACGGAGUGUUGCUCGUGCAUAUCGAGUUUAUUAUAUGAAGACAGCAGAGGAAGACUCUGAUUAUCUUGUCGAUCACUCGAUAGUCAUGUACUUGAUGGGUCCUGAUAUGAAAUUUGUAAAAUUCUUUGGGAAAAACAAUGAUGUUGAUUCACUUGCUGAUGGCGUGAUCAAAGAGAUCAAGCAGUACAAGAAAUAGAGCAUUUAUUUUAUACUUCUUCCUCUAUAAAUGCUUUUUGUAUGGUCAAUUUUGAAGCUUCUCUUCGUACAAACUACUUUUUUUGAAUUCCUGUAGUAUUGCGGGCAAUGUAAUGUGAUUGUUCUCAGGAGGUAAUUGUUCUUCCUGGGAUUAGAAAAUUUUGAGAUAGUUGCGAACAAAUGAGCCAGACUGGGUUAGAUAACAGUUAGUCCUGACAAAUUCUGGAUGGAGCUCGGGCUAGUUGUUUGAAGUCUGGACCGAGCAUGGAACAAGCUUGUGAGCCUGCCAGUAUUGCUACAUGUUUGAAUAAGAAAGAAAACUGCAUGGCUUUUAGGCCAC